ACCAUGGCAACCAAGAUGGUUAUUCAGCAGCCUAAACCCCUCGUGGUCACUCCAGGGGCAGAUCAAUGGAGCAGCAGCAUCUGUGAAUGUGACAACGUUAACGACUGUUGUUUUGCAUUCUGGUGUUUCCCAUGUUUUGCGUGCAUCACGGCACGGGACCACGGCGAGUGUCUCUGUCUGCCGCUCCUCGAAAGCUUUGGCCUCAUUCCUCCGAUCACCAUGGCGAUGAGAGUGUCCGUCCGUCGCACCUAUGGCAUUGAGGACUCCAUCUGCAACGACUGCGUCUAUGCCUUCUGCUGUGGACCCUGCUCCUGGUGCCAGAUGAGAAGAGAGAUGAAGUUUCGUAACCAUCCUGUGACCCUCUUUAACAACCGGGCAAAAUGA